CCAGACAAGCUCUCUCACAUGGUCUGAAGAGCAGAAUUCCUCUAAAAAUUAGCCCAAGUUCACACAGUAUUCUCCAAGUAAUGGAAAAAGAAGGCACAGCAGAAAUUCUCAGGAAAUUUGGAGCUGAAUUUCCUGCCCUUUCCUGUGAUGAAGUUGAAAUUAUUCGGACUGCUGGAAAUAAUAACAGUGCAAUAAUAACAUCCUGCAAUCGAGAACAUCUCAAAGAAUUUUCUAUUACACCAAACUCAAAUAUAUUUGUAGCAUCCCCAGAGUUGGUUACAAUAUUCUCUAUCAUUGGUACAUUAGACUCAAAUCCCCUAGAACAACAACUGAAAGAUACAAAAGGAAAUGUUUUCUCUUUACAUGAUGCAAAUCUGGAAGGACUUUUUAGGUUGAGCCUUAAGAGGGAUGUCCAGAUCCCAGAAAAUCAGAGGCAAAAAACAAAUGAAAAUGAAGAGCAAGGCUCACAACGAACAGAGUGGAUAAAUCAUCUGCAGCCCUUCUCAGCUCCUCUGGAAAAUGAGUACAAAAAUAUGUUGGUGUUGAUAAAAAUGAAAGGCUGUUGUGAUAUGGAUAUCAUCUCUCCUAGUGGUCCGUGGUUGAAAUACUGUGGGAAUCUCAGCAAGUACUGCAAAAACCUAUUCAUCAGUGCUGUGAAUGCAGAAAACAACCUCAGAAAUCAGGUGCAGAGCCAGUUGUCUGGAAAACUGACAAGUGUUCAUAGUGCGGCAUCAUCAUACAAGGCAUCAUCAUCCCCAUGGAUAGUUGUUGCUGAAUAUGGUUUUGGUGCAGGUCGCACAAAUGAAUAUGCUGCCCUUCAGCUUCGCUAUAUGGGAUGUAAAGCUGUAUUAGCUAAAUCUUUUUCUUCAAAAAUGGAGAGUGAUCUGAAAAGACAUGGAAUAUUACCUUUGGUGUUUAUAAAAGCACAUGACUACAAUCAAAUAAAUUCUGAUGAUACAUUCACUAUUAUUGGCUUCGAUGAUAUCAUAUAUAAAAGGCCUCUGGUUUUAACAGUGGACUCAAGGGGACGCACUAAAACUCUCACAGUCAACCACAAUCUCAGUCCUAUAGAAAUUGAGUGGUUUAAAGCAGGUGGUGCAGUCAAUUAUCUAAAGAAAGCCAUAGAUCUUCAGCUGAAGUGAAUCAAAUGCUUCGUCGUAUGGCACAUGUUAUGUAUUUUAUAAUACACUGUGUGAGCUAUGUUGUUAUCUGGACCCAGCAUAGAUAUUUUCUCAGCAUAACGUGUUGGGACCACGAAGCUAAUGAACUGGCCUGCUAACUGUUUUAACCAAGACUAUUCAGCGAGGAAAAUGUGUGCAUUUGCAUGUGAUCGUCACCGAAUGUAUAAUCAUGUAUGUUGUUUCACACUGCUGUGAGAAUAAAAGUGAUCGGCUGUUAACAGAA